AAUGCGCAAAGGGAAUUAUGGGUAAAAUAUUGCUAAAUUUGUUAGUGCCCAUAUGAAGUGCAAGCAGUGAAAGUGCGUCGCAAUUAGUGAAACUUUUUAAUUGAUUAGAAGCAAUGGAUCAAGAUAAUAUCAUUUAUAUCAACGAUCAUCACAUCAGGGUACAACUAUAAAAAAGAACGUGUCGAACAAGAGUGACUAUCAUCGACAUAUCGAACGGAUACAACUAUAAGCUACAUACCGAACAGAUGCAGUUAUAAAGAGAUAACAUUCUACAUGAAGUGGUUAUAUUCACAUUGUACAUUCAUACGUACAUUACGGUACAUUUAAGAGGAAAGUUCCAGUGUAGAUAAAUAUAUAAAAUUUAAUAAUAUGAAUGAAGUUUUAAACAAGAAUUUUAAAACUUUGUAUCCAAAGUUGGAAAUUGCUGUAAACAAUGCAACUUUUAUUGCCAUCGAUGCUGAAUUUACUGGUCUAUAUUCAGAAGAGAAAUUGAAACAUAGCUUUUUUGAUACAUUCAAUGAUCGUUAUAAAUUAUUAAAGAAAAAUAUUGAGCAAUUUAUGAUAAUACAAUUUGGCAUUGCAACUUUCCGUCAUGUUCCUUAUGAAAAUACCUAUAAAGUAGAUUGUUUUAAUUCUUAUUUGUUUCCAAAAUCUAUACCAUUAAAAAAUAGACACUUAAUAUGGCAAGUGGCAGCAUUAGAGUUCCUUUGUAAACAUAAUUUUGAAUUUAAUAAAUUUUUAAAUGAAGGUAUUUCAUUCUUGGAUGAGACAGAUGAAAAGUUAUUAAAAAAUUAUAUAAAAGAAGGUAGUUUAGCAUAUAAUUUAAAUCAUUUAACAUAUGAAGAAGAAAAUGAGUUUGUAAACUAUAAAACUAAAAUUUCUGAAUGGAUUGCUAAUAAGAGAAAUGAAGAAACAUUAAAGGUGGAAACUUCUAAUCCUAUAUUACAAUAUUUGAUACAUAAAGACAUAAGACAGAAAUAUAAAAAUAUAUGGAGUAUAUCGGAUGAUAAAUCAGUAGGUAUUAUAGAAGUAUUACCUGACAUGUAUGAACUUUUAAGAAAAAAUGAUGAAGAAAAUUUGGAGAAAGAAUUAUUAGAUUAUUACAUAGGAUUUUCUAAAGUAUUUAAACUCUUGGCCUCUUCUAAAAAAAUAAUAAUAGGACAUAAUAUACUUUUAGAUUUAAUGUUUAUGCAUCAACAAUUUUAUAAACCAUUGCCAAAUUCAUAUAAUGAAUUCAAAAGCAAUAUACAUGAAUUAUUUCCACAAAUAUAUGACACAAAAUUUUUAAGUUACGAAGUACGAAAAUUAUUUAGCAAGGAAGAAGUGAGUUGGAAAAUAAGUUCAUUGAGUACUUUAUACGAAUAUUUUACAACUAAAGGAAAAUUAUUAACCUUGAAUUCACCAAAGAUAGCAAUUAAUGAAGAAUCUUCAAACUCAGAUAUUAUCCUAGAUGAAAAAAAAUAUCACACUGCUGGAUGGGAUGCUUACUUUGCUGGAUAUAUAUAUAUAAAAAUGGCACAUAUAUUUUGUGUACAUAAAUUUGGAACAGGUUUGGAAGAAAGAAAAGUAACGCAUGCUGAACUAAUAAGUAGCAUAAAAAACUUUGUAAAUUGUAUAAAUAUAACAAGAGGCAAUGAAAUGUAUAUGAAAUUUGAUGGUCCAGAUCCAAUGUUAUCAAGACCAGAAUGGCUUCACGUGAAAUUAAAAUCACCAUCUGUAGAUAUUAAACAGUUGAUGGAGAAAUUUUCAUCUUUUGGCCAAGUGGAUGUGAUGCCUUUUGCUCAAAGACGUGUUUUGGUAGCUGUAGCAAACCAUAAAAGCGCGUUACACAUAUUGAGGCAUUUCAAUAGCAGCGAAGAAUUUCAGGUGGCAUGGUAUAGCCGCAUAAGGCACGCGACACCCAUCAGCAUUUGUUUGUGGAGCGGAGUCAUCUUGUCCGGAAGCUUAUUUGUCUGGAUGUUGAAAAAAUGUUUUUAAAAACUUACUCGAAUGUGAAUAUUUACCUGAAUGCAAUUGCGAUUAAAUAAUAAUCGUUUGCAGUUACUCGCGCGGAUCACUUUGUGCUACUUUGUACUUAUCACAGAAUCCUGAUGGCCGAGGAAGAGACCAAGUGCUUCUCGAUAUUUCAAAAGUUUUCUCUGGCCAGCACCCAAGGCUAAAACACUCGAAAUAACGCAGUAGCAAUUUAUGUAGGCGUACUGCGGGACGGUCAGCCUGGUCACACUGGUAUCCGGUGGCAGGUGGAGCAGCUCUCGAGGUGGAUCCCAUUCUGUGUCUCUCUGGAUCCGGAUUCAACGAUAGAUGUAAAGGUCGCGAGCGUCAGGAACGAGGUCUAUGGAACUAGGUUAACUUCACUAUUUUCUCUUCUUAUUCAACAUCGAUAUCACGAACCAUAUGAAGCUAUAAUUUCUUUAGGAUUCUCUUGAAUAAUUAAUGAAUGAAUAAAGUCUCAAAAGAAAAAAAUUGAUUGGUAACGAGAACUACUUUAUUCCCCGUACAAAAAAGCUUGAAAAAUGAUAUCAUGUGGCCACCCAAAAAUACUACGAGAGGUGACUCGAUCCAAUCGCCUUCACCUAUCGGUCCGGCCAGGACAAGAGGCAGCUUGGUCGGGUUGUACUGCCAGCAAAAAGAAGAGACGAUUGAAAAUACCCAUGUUCUGAUCUCUCACGUGUUUCGAAAUCCGUGCACCCGAGAAAUCGUAAUGUUCUAUCAAGAAGCAACGGUGUGGGCCAGGCUGUGCGCGAUUUCGCUUUGGCAUCGGCCAAGCACCUGUCGCACGCAUCGCCACAGUGGAAAAUAGAAAAUCGUUUUCGAAAAAAGCACGCGCAUGCGCCGACGUAACGCGAUUACGUGGGUGUGUCGAGAUUAAUUGCUCGCGCCAAUUACCGAAAUAAUGGUAAACGGUCCCUUGCAACCAUGCAUAAUUAAAUCAGAAUUUCGAAACGAGAAGAUUGUUAAAUAAGGU